AUGGUUCUUCAAGACUUAGGGCGGCGGAUUAACGCUGCGGUCAGUGAUCUGACAAGAUCCAGUAAUCUGGACGAGAAGGCGUUUGAUUCUAUGUUAAAAGAAAUCUGCGCUGCCCUCCUCUCCGCCGAUGUGAACGUCCGGCUUGUCCAAGAACUACGGAAAUCGAUAAAGUCCUCCGUUAAUUUCUCCUCUAUCCCCCCGGCUGUCAAUAAAAAGCGUCUAAUCCAGAAGGCUGUAUUUGACCAGCUAGUUACCUUGGUAGACCCUAAAACCGAACCAUUCAAACCUAAGAAGGGACGGUCGAAUGUGAUCAUGUUCGUUGGUCUCCAAGGUGCGGGAAAAACGACAACAUGUACAAAGCUUGCCCGGCAUUACCAAACAAGAGGCUUCAAGUCCGCGCUGGUUUGCGCAGAUACAUUCCGUGCUGGUGCCUUUGAUCAAUUAAAGCAGAACGCGACCAAAGCGAAAAUCCCAUACUAUGGUAGCUUAACGCAGACGGAUCCUGCUAUCGUUGCGGCGGAGGGCGUUGCGAAGUUUAAAAAAGAGAAAUUUGAACUUAUCAUUGUCGAUACCAGCGGAAGACACAAGCAAGAAGCAGAUCUCUUCACAGAAAUGAUCCAGAUUCAAAACGCCGUGAAACCCGAUCAAACCAUCAUGGUUCUCGAUAGUACUAUAGGACAAGCGGCAGAGGCACAAUCCGCAGCGUUCAAAUCCACUGCAGACUUUGGGGCUAUCAUUAUCACCAAAACUGAUGGACAUGCCGCUGGUGGUGGUGCCAUCUCCGCUGUCGCUGCAACCAAAACGCCUAUUAUCUUCCUGGGUACCGGAGAACACAUGCUAGAUUUAGAAAGAUUUGCGCCAAAGCCAUUUAUACAAAAGUUACUAGGAAUGGGUGAUAUGGCUAGCUUGGUCGAGCACGUCCAAGCAGUAACACAGGGUUCAGCGGGCGCAAAAGAGACCUACAAGCAUAUUUCAGAGGGAAUUUUCACACUUCGAGAUUUCCGCGAAAAUAUAACUUCCAUAAUGAAAAUGGGUCCACUUUCCAAAAUAUCAAGUAUGAUUCCUGGGCUUUCUGGCCUCACAGCUGGUUUAGAUGAUGAAGAUGGCUCUCUCAAACUCCGACGGAUGAUCUAUAUUUUCGACAGCAUGACAGCUGCAGAACUCGACGGUGAUGGCAAAGUAUUUGUUGACCAGCCGUCGAGGAUCGUGCGCGUUGCCUAUGGAAGCGGCACGAGUGUACGAGAAGUCGAAGACCUCCUGUCACAACAUAAGAUGAUGGCUGGUAUGGCAAAGAAAGUUGGCGGCCAGAAGAAACAAAUGCAGCGUGCACAGAAUAUGCUCAAGGGGGGGAACAAAGAACAACAAAUGGCAGCUAUGCAAAAAAGGAUGGCUGCAAUGGGCGGAGCUGGUGGUCCUGGAAUGCCGCGUAUGCCUGGAAUGCCUGGGAUGGGCGAUAUGGCCAAGAUGAUGCAGAUGCUACAAGGCGGUGGAGGAGCCGGUGCCGGUGGAAUGCCCAACUUUGGAGGCAUGGAUCUCCAAAGUAUGAUGAGCCAGAUGGGCGGGAUGCUGGGUGGUGGUGGUGGUGGUGGUGGUGGUGGAAGUGGAAGAGGACGCCGAUAA